UUUUAUCAUUUCGCCUAUUUUUAAUUUCAAUUUUAAUUGAGCUUUUUAAGGUUUUAAAAACGUAUAUAUUUUCUCCCUUAAUUAUGUUGACCAAUUCGGUUAAUUUUCUCUUUAAACGUUCCUUUGCUAUUUCUGCGAGUGCUCUUCAAGUAAUUCGUCCACCCGUUCAAGUUUCCGGCAUUGAAGGAAAAUAUGCUUCGGCUCUCUAUUCUUCUGGAAUGAAGGAAAAAAGUUUGGACAAAAUUGAGAAGGAUUUAAGUCAAUUGAAGGUGCUUUAUGACACAAACAAUGAUUUUAAGUUGUUUGUUGAAAAUCCAAUAUUGAAUAAACAAAAGAAAGCGGAUGCAAUUCAAGCUGUUCUGAAGAAUCAAGGAAUGUCGAAAACAGUCCAGAACUUUUUUGGUUUGAUUUUUAUAUGUAAUAAUGGCCUGACUUUACGCAUGGCCUGGUUUAGUGCUCGUUGCUUUCUAGAAUUUUACAAAUUAUAUAUUUUUCGACCGGUACCAAAAUUAGGUAGCGGAAACAACCAUGAGCCAUUGAACAGCGAAACACUGAGGAGAAACAAGCUUAUUUUUGUGGCCAAAAAUUCAAAUCUUCACAACUUCGAUUUUUCACUUCUCCUGACUGAAAGUGGUCGACUCGUUAAACUUUCGUCUAUCAUCAAUUCCUUCGAAACGAUAAUGCGUGCGCAUCGCAAUGAAUUGCAGGUCGAAGUGACUAGUGCAGAACCAUUAAACAAAAAGCAAGAACAAUCAUUGAGAACUGCUCUUGCAAGUUUCGCUAAUGCUGGACAAGAAUUAAAUAUCUCUUUUGGAGUUAAGCCGAGUCUUAUUGGAGGGAUGGUGGUUACCAUUGAUGACAAGUAUGUUGACCUUUCAAUGGCUUCCAAAAUUAAGAAAAUGGAAGCGUUGUUGGAGAAGUCAAUUUGA